AUGGCUGCCAUAACACGAGCCCUCUUCCCACAACUUUUCUUCCACUCCUUGAAGCCUGUCACUCGGAACCUUCCUCUUCCUUUUCAAACAAGACCGAAAGCACGUACAGUCUCCAAAUACGCGCGACUACAGCCCGUAUUUCCAGACAAGCCAGAUGAAAACUUGUUCGAACCCUUCUCGGAAGAGUACAGGACGUCGGAGGAUGUCGUUUCGACUGUAAAAGUAGAAAAGGCGCAUCCAUGCGACGUUCUUGCGGCGGCAGCGGAUUCUGGGGACCUAGCACUUGCAGAGUCGCUGUUAGAAGAGUAUACAACAGCAAAAAUCGACAUUGCCCACCGCCCUGUCUACACAAAUCUGGCACGUGCCAGUGUUCAGCAUGGUGAUGUUAACUCCAUGCUGAAAUGGCUCGCACUUGUUCCCUCGGCGCAGGAGAAACAUGGUCUACAACAUCCUCCCAACGACGAAGACUUUGUAGAGCUUAUGAACACCAACCGCAUGCUAUUCGACCGAAUGAUGCAACUUUUACAUCUAUACUGUUUCAAGGGAUGGUCAGGUCCGGUGCUGGAACAACUAGUGGGCACUUUGGCCACCUUCAUCCCGCAGGAUGAGUUCCUCCGCACUUUCUCCCACAUAAUCAAUGUGCGGGAGAAGUCCAUCGGCACCUCAGCGGACGAACGGGCAUUGAUCGCUCACCUACGGUGUCUCGCCAUUCACAAUCUGGCCGCACGAAGUAAUCCAGAAGCCGCUUGGCAUCUCCUUCGCGAAGACUUUGACGGUGUGCUUGAAAUGGACCAAGCUGUCAUCGUCGAAGUCUUCCACGCUGCAAGGCGUACGGGCUCCAGCAUCGCAGCACUCCUUCGACAAAUUGAAAUCGACCGCGCUCUCGAUAUUCUCGAUAAGUUCUCACUUCACGAUCGAGGCAGACUAAAGUCGCGCACUCUGACAACCCUCGCAUUCCAAUUGGAGAAUCUCGAGGAGAAUGUCUCUCGCCGAAGCAGGCAGCGGCUGAUACAGCAAACUGCAUCGGCCCUUCGCUCUCUAAAGAGGGUGCUCAUCAACCAUGCUCAAAAGCCAGAUCCCAAGGCUGUCGCAUAUCUGCUUCUCGCGCUCACGAAGACAGCGUCGCCGCAUGAUUUUGUCGCGCUCUUCCGGAAGAGGACAUCACGGCUCGGUAAUCCCCUUGACAAAUCAUUUUGGGGAACCGUCGAGUUUGAGCUCUUGUGCCUCCAAGAUGAUUCGCAUUCGGCGGUGAGCUAUUACUACCGAGCCUUCAACACGAGCGGAGCUCCCACCAUUUUGCAGGGAGCGGUGGAGUCACCCUUCUGGGACUCUUGGCUUUCUAAGACGCCUGCUCGUCGGCCACCUAUCCCACCCUCGCGCUUCAAUCCAUCAUUUGCUUCGCGAUUCGCAAUCUGGAAAGCAGCCAUCACGCUCUCAACGAGAGAUCCAGCGUCUGAAGCCAAGGGAUCGUUUACCAGCCUCGUCAAGAGCGAAGAUGGAGAAAACUUCAACUACGACACCACUCAUUUUCGUCAAUUGUUCAAAAACUUUCUCGACAUCUUCGACAGGAACAUGAGAAGUCGUCGUGCAGCGUUUAGCAACGUCUACACACGAGCGCGCUUCUUCGAACUCUUUCUCAAAAAGGCGACGGAUAUUGAUCCCGAGUUUUGCUCGGACAUCAUGGCCGCGAUGCAGCAACGGGAUGUUCUUCUGGACCACCGUGUGUGGUUUGCCUAUGCCAAACACAAGGUACUCAACGGCGAACCCGAGUUCCUCCUGAAAAUUAUCCACCUUUUGGAGCAAGACUCUGGUCGCCCAGACUUUAGUCCGACUGCGCUCCGGGACUAUACGGCCCAUGGGAGGAAAAUGGGUGGCAUCAACACCUUGCGAGACGUCUAUAUGGCGCACAAGGUCUUUAGUGCGUACACCUAUGCGUACAAACAACUUCUCGACGCCAAAGCGUAUAGAGAGGCUUUGCAGCUUCACGAUGGAGUCCUCGCUGCUGGCUAUGUCGCUGGGUCCUCUAUUCCCUUUGAUCGACUGACGUACCGUCUGAUGGAAGAGAUGCAAACGAGGAUUCAGAAGGCGAGAUUGGAGGCUGAGCCGAUUCAAAUUCGGAACCAUGACAGAUUCGGACGUUGUUUAUUGUAA